CGGACAAUUCGACCUCCACUAUGGUUGUAAUUCAUGGCUGGGUGGACGAACCCGAUGGACGCGGCACUUGGAGUAUUGUCUCUACGUGCCUGGUGACUAUUGCGCUCUGCUGCUGGACGGCCGUCAUACCCAACAUCCCCGCGCGAUCCGACCGAUGGUACCACGCCCUGCGCGACCGACUACACCUGGCCUCCCUCGGGUUCCUGGGCCCUGAAUUUCUGCUCAUGUUGGCCCUUGGUCAGUGGUCUUCUGCCCGAGCGUCCGUCCAGGAAUUUGAGCGCAUAGCCACGGCGAAGACCUCCUUCUCGAGUUGGACCCUGACUCAUGCAUUCUAUGUAGAUAUGGGGGGUUUCUUACUGGACGGUCCCGGGGUUGACAGCCCAUUCCCAGUGAAUGCGAAGCAGCUUUUCUUCCUGAUUGACAAGGGGUAUAUCGACCCCCCUGGGAUCACCGAGGACGACAUCAACGACCGCAACAAAUCGGACGCAGUCUCUCGGUGCGUGCCGAACCUGUGCCGCACGCUUUGCAAGACUGACCGAUGUCUUCUAUCUAGGGUAAUCGCGGUCUGUCAAGCGCUCUGGCUCCUCAUCAACUGUGCCAUACGUGUAGCCCAAGGGCUUGCCCUGACGACCAUGGAGCUCACCACCAUCUCUUUCGUGAUCGUGUUCCUGGUGACUUCGUUCUGCUGGCGCUUUAAGCCUUCAGACAUCACAAGCACCGUUACCGUGGUAGCCAACACACACAUUGACAAAAUUCGGCAGGAGAACUGUCCUGACCCGCAGAAUCAAUGGCAUGAGACACCGCUGGAUUUUGUAUGCGACGACGUCUCCUUCUGUGGUGUGCACUGGCGCUACUACACGGAAAUCUUGCGCAGAUGGCGCAUCCCGAUGUUCUCACGCCCCAUGACUGCUCGACCACACGAUCGAAUUGUCAGUGACAAUUUCCCGGUGACGGAUCUAGAGGCAGACUGCAUUGCCACCCCAGUACUCUUGCUAUUCGGCUCGAGGUUCAUGCUGGCCUGGGAUUUCCACUUCCCGUCGCGUGCCGAACACCUCUUGUGGCGGGUUGCCAGCAUAUACAAUCUGAUUUUCACUGUCAUAGGUGGGUUGCAUGCUGGGUACUGCGAUAAGAUCAUCCUCCCCCGAGCGUACAAGGAGCGGUUGGCCCUUCCAAUGUCCAGGACAAGACCCGUCGAGAAAUCCAGACGAUGGAACAGGCUCCGGCAUUUCGUGGCUCGACUGAGAAACAUCGACCCGUACCGAGAUCCCAGGCGAGAAGUCCCUCUGCGAGUGCUUUUCCCGACCACGGUGCUCUGUGCUCUGUAUUGUGUGGGUCGGGCUUAUAUUCUCACGGAGGAUUUUAUUGGAUUGCGCAGCCUGCCUGCCAGUGCUUAUGACACAGUCAGCUGGUCUGACUACGUGCCUCAUCUUUGAAACCCUGCUUGCUAUCAGGAUGGUGAAGGAUAAUCUCAUAAAAUGGAUCAGAGGCUUGGGACACACGGCCAAUGGCAAAUAAAUCACAAAGUGUAAGUGACACUAGGAUACCUGUCUAAUUUGUAUAACCUCUCUAAAACAACAGUCUUGAUAAAUAU